AUCAUUAUUACAUCUACUGCAUAACACAGCUAAAGCUCUCUCACUCACUAUAACUCCCUCUCCUUCCUUUCCUUUACUUUCCUUUCUUUCCUUUCUUUCUUUCCCUUUUUCCAUUUCCAUUCUCCUUCCACACAACUAAUCCCACCUCGCAAACUUCUAAAUUCACACCACCGUCUUCGUCUUCUUCUAUGCAAUGGGAGGUGUCACAUCAUCCAUGGCUUCCAAGUUGGCCUUCUUCCCACCCAACCCAGCAUCGUACAAGGUUGUCAAGGACGAUGUAACGGGUCUUCUGCUCCUCAGUCCCUUCCCUCACCGCGAGAACGUCGAAAUUCUUAAGCUUCCCACGCGCCGUGGAACUCAGAUACUCACCAUGUACGUUCGCCACCCCAUGGCCUCUUCCACUCUUCUCUACUCACACGGCAACGCCACCGAUCUUGGCCAGAUGUAUGACCUUUUCAUCAACCUCACCAUCCAUCUACGUGUUAAUCUCAUUGGGUAUGACUACUCUGGGUAUGGUCAAUCAUCAGGGAAGCCAAGUGAGCAGAAUACAUAUGCAGAUAUUGAGGCUGUGUACAAAUGUCUAGAAGAAACCUAUGGUACCAAGCAAGAGGAUAUAAUCUUGUAUGGCCAAUCUGUUGGCAGUGGCCCUACUUUGGAUCUUGCAACUAAAUUGCCACAAUUGAGAGCUGUUGUUCUGCACAGUCCUAUACUUUCAGGCUUGAGGGUCAUGUAUCCAGUGAAACGCAGUUACUGGUUUGACAUAUACAAGAAUAUUGACAAAAUUCCAUUGGUUAAUUGUCCUGUUCUUAUAAUUCAUGGUACUUCAGAUGAAGUGGUAGAUUGCUCCCACGGAAAACAACUGUGGGAACUGUGUAAAGAGAAGUAUGAGCCACUGUGGCUACAAGGGGGUAACCACUGUGAUUUGGAGCAAUUUCCUGAGUAUAUCAGGCAUCUGAAGAAGUUCAUAUCCACUGUUGAGAAGUCUCCAUCACAAAGAUACAGCUUCAGAAGAAGCAUGGAGCAGUUUGAGCAGCCCCGAAAGAGCACCGAUGUAUUUGAUGUCAGUAGAAAGAGCACUGAUCGCAGGGAAAAACCACGGCUGAGCACAGACAGGCCUGAAAAACUGAAGAACUUGUCCAAUAAUGCAGAAAAGUUAGAGAGACUAAGAGUAACUUUUGAUCACAUAGAAAGGUCAAGAAGAAGUGUGGAUUGUCUUGAGAAGUCUAGAAAAAGCAUUGAUCAUCAACUUGAAAAGGCAAGGAAAAGUGUGGACAGGCUGGAAAGAAUAAGGACCUGAGAUUCUUGGUUUAAUCAAAUUAUGUAUUCAUAAAUGGCUUGGCUUUAUGGGAUUUUUUUCUUCUUUAAAUUGACCUACCUGGUGUUGUAGUAUGGCUUAUA